ACCAGGAAGUACCGGGAGUUAAACAUGGCUUCAAAACAACAGGUCGAGAGUUUAACGGAGGAGGUAAUUUGUCCCAUCUGCCUGGAUUUCUUCACCGAUCCGGUGUCUCUGGACUGUGAGCACAACUUCUGUCGCUCCUGUAUCACACAGUACUGGGAAAAGGAGCAGAGGUAUUUCUGCCCGGAAUGUCGAGAGGAAUUUAAGAAAAUGAUCCUCAGAGGGAAUCGGGCCUUAGUGAGAUUGUCAGAGAAAGCUCGAAAACUGAACCCGAAUCCGAAAUCGAAGAAGACUAAACUUCGCUGCAAUGAACACGAGGAAGAACUGAAGCUAUUUUGUGAAACUGACAGAAAACUCAUCUGCCUGAUCUGUAGGGAUGCGCGCGAACACAAGUCUCACAACUUUAUGCCGAUUAAAGAAGCUGUUGAAAUCUACAAGGAGCAGGUGAGAUCUUCCCUCACGUCGCUCACCGAGAGGAAAUCGACAAUUCUCAAACUGGAGCAGCAACAGAAGCGGAAGAUUUUAGAGAUUCGGGAUGAGUCCCGUGGUCUGGAGUCCCACAUCUCAUCCGAAUUCACCAAGAUACAUCAGAGUCUUGCUGAGAAAGAGCAGCGUUUAAUCGGAAAUCUCAAAGAACACGAGGAAAAGGUUGUGGGUCUAAUGGAGGAAAAUCUUCGGGAGAUUCAAGAGAGUUUAAUUUCCAUUGAGGAGGCAAUCUCAACGCUGCAGAAACAGAUGGAGCAGAAAGAUGAUGUGAUUUUUCUGAAGGAAGAAUGCUGUCAGAAGAAGAGAGUUGGAGAAGACCGGACUCCUGUAGUUGCAGAUGGGGCUCUGAUGCUGGAAGAAUUCAUGUGGCCAUUACCGUUGCCCGUGUGGAGGGAAAUGCUCGACGACAUUCAACCAGACUCUGUUACCCUGGAUGUGGAAACGGCGGCUCCAUGGCUUGAGGUAUCCGAGGACCUGAAGAGUGUUAGACGGACUCAGAGAUUGAGGAGCCUCCUGGACACUGGGAGAAGGUUCACUGUACAGGCCUGUGUGCUGGGAUCGGAGGGAUUCUCAUCAGGGAGACAUUACUGGGAGGUGGAGGUGGCGGGGAACCGUGGCUGGUGUGUGGGAGUUGCCGCUGAGUCUGUGGAGAGGAAGGGUGUAGUCUCACUGAGACCGGAGAGUGGGGUCUGGAGUAUCGAGCGAUGGGACGAUGGGCUCAAUGUAAUGGCCUGUCCCAUGUCCGAUCACCCUGCCGGUCCCAUCCCCGGGAGGGUGGGAGUUUAUCUCAGUUACGAGUCCGGGACAGUUUCAUUUUACAACGGGAACAUCAAGAGUCAUCUCUGCACCUUUGCUGGCAAUAAGUUCACAGAGAAACUUUAUCCUUUCUUCUGGAUAGGGGAUGAAAACCAAUGUCUGAGAAUCUGCUCCGGUUCCACUCCAGCGGACAGCCGCGGUACCGCAGCGUUUCAGCACCGCCCUGAAAGUAAACGGAACGAUUUUCGAAUCGGGAAGUGGGAGUUAUUAAAAAUGGCUUCAACCGAUCAGCACGGAAGUUGGACCGACGAAGUAAUUUGUCGCAUCUGCCUGGAAUAUUUCACCGAUCCGGUGACACUGCCGUGUCAGCAUAACUUCUGCCGCUCGUGUAUCACACGGUUUUGGAAAAGGAAGGAGAGAAACUACUGUCCAGAAUGUGGAGAAGAAUUUGCGAACCGGACCCUCAGGAUAAACUGGGUUUUAACAAGACUGGCUGAGAAAGCUCGUAAGCGACCCUUGAAUCUUAAUAAGAAAGAAAGUAAACUUGACUGUGAAGAGCAUGAUGAAGAACUGAAGCUGUUCUGUGAAACGGACAAGACACUGAUCUGUCUGGUCUGUAGAGACGCGCGGGAGCACAGAGAACAUCGCUUCCUGCCGAUCAAAGAAGCUGCUAAAAACUACAAGAAUCACUUUAAAUCGGCCAUAGAAACUCUCAUGAAAAGGCAACAAGCUUUCAGAGAGAUGGAGCAGCAACAGAAACGGAAGAUAUCUGGAGUUCGGGAACAAUCACAGAACCUCCGGUCCCACAUCACAUUCCAGUUUGCUGAACUGCACCAGAUUCUCACCGAGAAAGAGCAGCAGUUACUCAGAGAUCUCAGGGAAGAAGAGGAGAGGAUUCUAAAAUCAAUGGAGAAAAAUUUUCAAGAGGUUCAAAAGACUUUAAAUUCUAUCCAAGAGAAAAUCUCAAGGUUACAGGAACAGAUGGAUGAAAAAGAUGACGUAUUGUUUCUGAAGGAAGAAGCUUAUCUGAGAGGAAGGUUUGGUAAUGAAGUUGAACCAAUGUUUGUGCCAGAAUGUGCUCUGCAGGUUGAAAAAUUCAAUCGUCCCUUUAUUUGCACAGCGUGGAGUGCUUCGGUUGAUGGAAUUAAGACAGUUGCUGUGACUCUGGAUGUCGAAACAGCCGGUCCGAAGCUCGAAGUGCUUCCAGAUUUAAAGAGCGUGAGAUACACCGGGAACUGGAGAAAUCUUCCUGAUUCCAGGAAGAGGUUUACAGGCCGAUCUUGUGUGCUGGGAUUGGAGGGAUUUACAUCGGGGAGGCAUUACUGGGAGGUGGAUGCGGCAGGGUGUCGGCGUUGGGGUUUAGGAGUUGUUCCAGAGUCUGUGGAGAGACAGGCACGGCUUGAACUAAUACCAGAAAAUGGAUUCUGGACCAUCUGGCGGUAUGAUGACUAUUUUUAUGUAAACAGCUCUUCUCAGCCCUGUCUUCUUGCUGGUGCCAUCCCCCAGAGGGUGGGAAUUUAUCUCAGUUAUACAUCCGGGUCAGUUUCAUUUUACAAUGUGGAGACCAAGUCUCAUCUCUACACCUUCACUGGGAAUAAAUUCACCGAGAAACUUUAUCCUCUUUUUUGGAAUGGGGACGAAAAUUGGCUGAGAAGCUGUUCCAGUCCCACUCUGGGUCUGUAAUCGGGUUGGGUCUAAGACUAGCAUCAGGAGUGGAACAGAAAACCUGCCUGCGACAGGUUGCCGCAGAAUUGGUCACAUUUUAUCCCCAAAUUUUGCAUUGUUAAACCCAAAUAAACCUGGAAAUAAAACAGCUGGAAAUAUAAAUGUAGUGCAGUAAAUUAAAAAGGAAUUAAUAUUUGGAGACAUGAGAAAAUCUGCAGAUGCAGGAAAUCCAAAGCAACUCAAACAAAAUGCUGGAGGAACUCAGCAGGCCGGGCAGUAUCUAUCGACAAAAGUAAACAGUUGACAUUUCAGGCCAAGACCCUUCAUUGGGACUAGAUAGGAAGGGGGAAGGAGUCAGGCUAGCAGGUGGGGGGAGGGGAUGAAGAUGUACAAGGUGGUGGGUGAUGGGUGAAACCGGAGAGGGUACGAAUUAAAGAGCUGGGAAAUUGAUUGCUGAGAGAGAUAAAUGGCUGGAGAAGAGGGAAUCUGAUAGGAGAGGACAGAAGACCAUGGAAGAAAGUGAAGGGGGAGGACACCAGAGGGAGGUGUUGUUCAAUUAAUAUGAAUACAUUAACUGCAUCCAUCAACAGAACAGAAAUACUAUAUUUUGUGAAAAUAUCAAGAUUAAAAUGGACCAGAUGAAAAUUUGCAGAUGAUAUGAAGAUAGAUGGAGGGGCAGGGAGUGUUGAGGAAGCUGGGAGUAUUCCAAAGAACUUAGACAGUUUUGGAGAAUGGGCAAAUAAGUGGCAGAUAAAAUAUAGUGUUGGGAAAUGUGUGGUCAUGCACUUUAUCAGAAGUAAUAAAGCCACAGACUAUUUACUAAACAUGAGGAAAUUCAGAAAUCAAAGGCCCAAAGGGACUUGGGAGUCCUUGUGCAGAAUUCCCUAAAGGUUAACUUGCAGACUGAGUUGGUAAUAAGAAAGGCAACUGCAAGGUUGCCAUUCCAUUUUGAGAGGACUGGAAUAUAAACACAAGAAUGCAAUGUUGAGGCUUUAUAAAGCAUUGGAAUUUUCUUAACCAGAGGGUGGUGAAUCUGUGGAAUUCAUUGCCACAGCCACCUGUGGAGGACAGUCACAUGAUAACAGGCAUGUGCGCAGGAAGAUGUGACAGUGACCAGGUUUGGUAACAUUGCUUGAGGGUUGUUCAUUGCACCAGGAUAAAAUUUAUCCUAUGUUAAUUACACUCCUCCCCACCUCCACUACUGAACUGUACUGAAGUAUGCCUUUUGAUGGUAUUUUGUUGUUGUUUGAACUAUUUCUUUUGCGCACGGAAGGCAGGGGUGUUUGAUCUUUAAUGUUUUCUUUCUUUUCAAAUCUUUUUAUUAUUAUUAUCCAAAAUUAACAAGAGUACAUCGAAGUAGGCAACAUUUACAAUGUCUCAAGAAAAAAAACAUUAUUUUAAAGAUUGAAAAAAUUUUGGAGACAAAAAAAAAGAAAAAAAACCCUACUAAACAAGGAAAAGUGGGGAAAAAAUACCAUUAGGUGUUCAAUCCCGGAGCCAUGUGACAUACAAAAAGCUUCUAAAGAUAAACAUCAAACUGCCAGCAAGAAAAAAUUACCAAAAAUUUACAAUUAGAUUGUGGAGGAAACCUAUCAAUUAAUUCAAAUGAUAGUAACGAGCAAAUGAACCCCAUCUUUUCUCAAAAUCAAACAUAGGUUCAAAAGCUUGACUUCUAAUUUUCUCCAAACUAAGACAUAGGUUUGGUUCCUUUGUUCUCUUUUGAUUUAUGACUGUCUGUGGGGAAGAUGAUUUUCAGGGCUGUAUACUGCAUUUAUACUUCGAUAAUAAAUGAACUUUGAACUUUGAGCUUUCGAACUUUGCAGUAUCUGUUCAGGGGAAAAAAAAGGUCAUUGUGACAGCCUUAGUCAAAUAACUUCUAAACGGAAGGGUCUUCAGGCGGGACUUCUACAUCUCUUCGUUACCAUGCCCCAUCAGCAAUUUCGAAUGUGACCAUUAUUAUAGCAACCUGGAAGUCCAGGGCUGCAGAAAUUCAACUGUAGAGUUGAUAUCUGGGGUUGGAGACCACAGAAAUUCGAACACUUAACUAUAGAGGAUAUUGGGGUGCAAGUCCAUAUCUCCCUGCAAGAGGCUACACACAGGUUGCUAGAAUUGGACAGAUAGUGUAUGACAUGCUUGCCUUUAUUGGUCAAAGAAUUGAGCUCACAAGCCAGGAAGUUUUGUUGCACCUUUAUAAAACACUAGUUAGGCUUCAUCUGAUUAAGGUUAUAAGAUUAUAAGAGGCCUAGAUAGAGUACUCAGCAUCUUUUCCUUGGGACUGAAAUGCCUAAUAUUAGGGGCAUGCUUGUAUGGCGAGAAGGGACAAAUGCAAAGAAGAUGUGUGGGUAAGUGUUUUCUUUACAGAUUCACAGAGAACGUUUGGAGUCUGGAAUGUGCUAGUCGGGUGGUGAUGGAGACAAGUGAUAAAGAUGUGAGAUAGGCACAUGAAUAUGCAGGAAAUGGACAGAUAUGGCUAUUGUUUAAGCAGAAUUGAUAAAAUUAGUUCAGCUUUUCAUUACUAAUUUGUUCAGCAAAAUUUUGUGGAUCUGAGGGCAUGCCCUGUGCUGUAUGGGUCCAUGUUCCAUAUAUUAUUUAUUGCUAUUGAACUUCUAAAGGGCCGGUCUGCUGCUCUGCACAUAGUUCCACAGAGGGUCUCCAAAACCUCAAUACUGGAAGGCAUAAAUCCUACCACUGGGUUUUCCUUCAAAUCAGUUCAAUAUAUAAUACUCCCAGUCCUACAAAAUCCAACCAAAGAUAGCGCCACCACUGGCUCAUUAAUACUGCAGAGAAGUUUUAUCAUUAAGAACCAGUUUACUGACUGCAUUCUCAAUCAAACACUUGGAAUUGUGCAUGGAGUUAUGAGAAGCCCUUUUAAAAAAUUGAAGAAAUGAUGUGAAGAAGUUGUUUGGCGCUGCAGACGAAGUGCAACACUAUGACAACUAGGACUCCUCACCAUUGGGCGCCAAGCUACUGUUGCAGUUAGUAAAAUGCUAUGACAGCUCAGGGUGUCAGAGUUCGGGGUUCAAUCCCGACACCCUCUAUAAGGCGUCUCUGUAUGCCCUACUCAUGGAAUACAUUGUUUUUCUCUGGGUCCUCCAUUUCCCUCCAACAGUCCAAAGACCUGCAGGGUAGGUUAGUUUGUCAUUGUAAAUCGUCCUGUUAGAGUUAAAUCAAGGUUGUUGGGGGUUGCUGGUUUGUGCGGUUUGAAGGGCCAGAAGAGCCUAUUCUGCACUGUAUGCAAUCAAUGAUAUGAGACUCGCCACCACUAACGCAAGGCUCCCCAGUCUAGAGUUGGAUUAGGAUCCAGGUAAUUUUUUUUAUUGUUAUUCCUUGUAGUUUUAGUUUUCUUUACACUUGCGAAUGUACAAUCCUGUUUUGUCUGUAGACUCUUAGCAAAUUGUAUAUUUGGUUUGUGACGGGAUCCUGUAUUAUCCCUAUGAAGUGUACUUCUAAAAAGAGAGAGAGAGAGUUGUUCAACACAGACACCUUGUUAUUAAGAGAGAGAGAGGCGAAGACUGCUUUGGGAUGGUGUUAUGGUUUCUCUGCAGCAUGUUUACACUUUUGCAAGGACACUGCCAGCUUCUGUGUUCUUACAGAGAGAGAAGGGAGGAGCAACUUGAUGGAUAGCUGGUGUUCAGCGUGUGAGAUAAAUAGAAGGUCAGCUGAUAGACUGACAGACACAUGGUUUUGGACACUGGAUGAGCUUUGUUGUGCCCACAGAAAGGUGGGUUUUGGAGGAUCGAUCAGUGGCUCUCGCAGUGUGGAAAAGGUGUGACUGGUGGGGAGUUAUUAGUGUUUCCAACCCUCGCCUGGGUUAAUAAUUACACCACAGAAAAAUGGUCUCCUUUGUUGUGGUCACAGUCGGUGACUUCUAAAGGAUUUCGGAGGACAACGGGAAGAUCGACAGCAUCAGCUCACCUGAAGACUCAAAUCUCUCCCUCUCUCUCUCCAUCACUACUCAACUCAAAACCACGAACUGAACUGAAAUUUACUCAUCACCGUAAGACUGUAUCCAUUUACCCCUAGGCUUGAAGAAGCUUGGUUUUUAUAUUUCCACACUUAUAUAUAUAAUCAUUGCUAACCUGUUUGAUAUAUCUGAUUUUAUAUUGCUGUAUUGCGUAGUU